AUUAAAUCUGAUUUUUAAUAAAAAUUUAUCCAAAAGAAUAAACGUCAAAUUAAAGCAUUUGUCUAGUUAGUAGAAGAUAGGAGACAGCGAAUACCCUGUGAUAACCAAAGAUAGAAUACUAUCUGAUAUAUCGGAUUGAAUCAGAAGUUACCGAAAUUGCAGAUUCUUAUGUCAAAAAGAAAAAAACAAUAUGGCAAUGGUUCAUUAACUAGAAAUACUAAUAAAUUUUUUGUUGAACAAUAAUAUUUAAGUGAAUUGAGUGAAUUUUAUAUUAAUGAAGUUUUGUGAUGAACGGAAUGUUACCGUCUUUUACACCCCCGGUGGUUAAACGGCUGUUAGGGUGGAAAAAAGGCACAGACGCUGAUGACAAAUGGUGUGAAAAGGCAGUGAAAAGUUUAGUGAAAAAAUUAAAAAAAUCAGGUGCUCUGGAGGAAUUAGAACGUGCCAUUUCCUCUCAGAAUCCUAAUACAAAGUGUGUUACCAUACCCAGGGUGCGUCCGAACGCGGACGUUCAACAGCAACGAAAAGGCUUACCUCACGUGAUAUACUGUCGUUUGUGGAGAUGGCCUGAGUUGCAGUCUCACCACGAAUUGAGAUUUUUGGAUCACUGUGAAUACGGCUACGCUUUGAAAAAAGAAGAAGUUUGUGUUAAUCCUUAUCAUUAUACGAGAAUUGAGACGCCAGCGCUCCCGGCGAUUUUGGUACCGCGUCAUCCGUUGGGAGAUGAAAAUAAUUUGUUUCCGCAUUCUCUGGAGGAUCUAAGCACGUCGGUGCCGGAGAAUACAUCGUUUCCUCACCAUAACACCAAUACGUUGGGUUUUGUUGGUAGGUUACAUUUGCAGCAUCCUGGGAGUUACAUGGAUACGGUGGGGUUGUGUCCUAAUGGUACCCCUACGAAUAUGGAAUCCCCUCAUAGUGUUGUACCUCCUACAGAAACGCCUCCUCCGGGGUAUAUGUCUGAGGACGGGGAUCCCAUCGAUCCGAAUGAUAAUAUGAGUUUGUCGAGAAUAACCCCCAGUCCCCCAGUCGACGCCCAACCGGUCCUCUAUUGCGAACCGGCCUUCUGGUGCAGCAUCAGUUACUACGAAUUGAACACCAGAGUCGGCGAAACCUUUCACGCCAGUCAACCCUCGAUAACUGUCGACGGUUUCACGGAUCCCAGUAAUUCGGAAAGGUUCUGUUUGGGGUUGUUGUCAAACGUAAACCGGAACACGGUCGUCGAACAGACGAGAAGACACAUAGGAAAAGGGGUCAGGCUGUAUUAUAUAGGUGGGGAAGUUUUUGCCGAAUGUUUGAGCGAUUCCAGCAUAUUCGUACAGUCGCCGAAUUGUAACCAGAGGUACGGUUGGCAUCCGGCUACGGUUUGUAAAAUACCUCCAGGCUGCAAUUUGAAGAUUUUCAACAAUCAAGAAUUCGCAGCUCUUUUAUCUCAAUCGGUGAGUCAGGGUUUCGAAGCCGUUUAUCAAUUGACAAGGAUGUGUACCAUCCGGAUGUCCUUCGUCAAAGGAUGGGGAGCGGAAUAUAGGAGACAAACCGUAACAUCGACACCAUGUUGGAUAGAACUACAUUUGAACGGUCCCCUUCAAUGGUUGGAUCGUGUUUUGACCCAAAUGGGUUCUCCGAGGUUACCUUGUAGUUCCAUGUCCUAAAAUCCAUUGAAAGAAAAAAUUAUAUUUACAAAAUGUAAACGUAUUUAUCGAUUUUCAUUUUUACGGUUUUUUCCCCGUUUUUUACGUUACAAUAUUGUUUUUUUUUGGUUCAUAAAUCGAACUUUGACAGUUGACGUUCAUAAAAUUUUGACAAGUUUGACGUAAAUUUUUUGACGGAUUUCGUGGCGAUGUUGCAUCGCUUCCAAGAUACAUUUCUUAACGAAACGCCCCCGUAUAUUAUCACCGAAUUUUAAAUUCUCAUGACGACGAUGUGAAAUUUUUAAUAUACUAUACGGAGUGUUCGAAAAAAUUUGGAUUAAUCCUCGACGUAUAAAUUGGAGACUCUGUAUAAUAUACAAGGUGUUCAAAACACUCUGCCUUCUGUCGUUAUAGUCGAAAACCGUUAAAAAAAUUUAUUUCGUUGAAAUUCGUUAUUCAUAAUACAGGGUGAUUCGAAACGUGAAUAAUUUUUUUUCAUAUUUUGACUCGCCCUGUAAUAGAUUUUAACGAAAUGAAUGAUUUUGCGAGAAAUUCGACUGAAACUACAAAAACUUUUGUUUUUUGAACAUCUUUCAUAUUAUACGGGGUGUUGAAUUGAACGAUUAUUAGUCAAUAUUCUUUAAUCACACUGUAUGAUAUAAAAGGUGUUCGAAAAACAAAAGAUUUUUUUGUCGUUUCAGUCGAAUUUCUCGAAAAUCAUUAAUUUCGUUAAAAUCUAAUACAGGGCGAGUCAAAAUAUGAGAAAAAAUUAUUCACGUUUCGACUCACCCAGUAUUAUAAAUAACGAAUUUUUACGAUAUGAAUUUUUUUUAAAAGAUUUUCGACUGAAACGACAAAAAAAUCUUUUGUUUUUCGAACACCUUUUAUAUCAUACAGUGUGGUUAAAGAAUAUUGACUAAUAAUCAUUCAAUUCAACACCCUGUAUAAUAUGAAAGAUGUUCGAAGAACGAAAGUUUCAAUCGAAAAUCGUUUAAAAAAAUUCAUGUCGUAAAAAUUCGUUAUUUAUAAUACAGGGCGAGUCAAAAUAUGAGAAAAAAUUAUUCACGUUUCGACUCACCCUGUAUUAUAAAUAACGAAUUUUUACGACAUGAAUUUUUUUUAAAAGAUUUUCGACUGCAACGACAUAAAAAUCUUUCGUUUUUCGAACACCUUUUAUAUCAUACAGUGUGGUUAAAGAAUAUUGACUAAUAAUCGUUCAAUUCAACACCCUGUAUAAUAUGAAAGAUGUUCAAAAAACAAAAGAUUUUUUUGUCGUUUUAGUGGAAAAUCGUUUAAAAAAAUUCAUGUCGUAAAAAUUCGUUAUUUAUAAUACAGGGUGAGUCAAAAUAUGAGAAAAAAUUAUUCACGUUUCGACUCACCCAGUAUUAUAAAUAACGAAUUUUUACGAUAUGAAUUUUUUUUAAAAGAUUUUCGACUGAAACCACAAAAAAAUCUUUUGUUUUUCGAACACCUUUUAUAUCAUACAGUGUGGUUAAAGAAUAUUGACUAAUAAUCAUUCAAUUCAACACCCUGUAUAAUAUGAAAGAUGUUCGAAGAACGAAAGUUUCAAUCGAAAAUCGUUUAAAAAAAUUCAUGUCGUAAAAAUUCGUUAUUUAUAAUACAGGGCGAGUCAAAAUAUGAGAAAAAAUUAUUCACGUUUCGACUCACCCAGUAUUAUAAAUAACGAAUUUUUACGACAUGAAUUUUUUUUAAAAGAUUUUCGACUGCAACGACAUAAAAAUCUUUCGUUUUUCGAACACCUUUUAUAUCAUACAGUGUGGUUAAAGAAUAUUGACUAAUAAUCGUUCAAUUCAACACCCUGUAUAAUAUGAAAGAUGUUCAAAAAACAAAAGAUUUUUUUGUCGUUUUAGUGGAAAAUCGUUUAAAAAAAUUCAUGUCGUAAAAAUUCGUUAUUUAUAAUACAGGGUGAGUCAAAAUAUGAGAAAAAAUUAUUCACGUUUCGACUCACCCAGUAUUAUAAAUAACGAAUUUUUACGAUAUGAAUUUUUUUUAAAAGAUUUUCGACUGAAACGACAAAAAAAUCUUUUGUUUUUCGAACACCUUUUAUAUCAUACAGUGUGGUUAAAGAAUAUUGACUAAUAAUCAUUCAAUUCAACACCCUGUAUAAUAUGAAAGAUGUUCGAAGAACGAAAGUUUCAAUCGAAAAUCGUUUAAAAAAAUUCAUGUCGUAAAAAUUCGUUAUUUAUAAUACAGGGCGAGUCAAAAUAUGAGAAAAAAUUAUUCACGUUUCGACUCACCCUGUAUUAUAAAUAACGAAUUUUUACGACAUGAAUUUUUUUUAAAAGAUUUUCGACUGCAACGACAUAAAAAUCUUUCGUUUUUCGAACACCUUUUAUAUCAUACAGUGUGGUUAAAGAAUAUUGACUAAUAAUCGUUCAAUUCAACACCCCGUAUAAUAUGAAAGAUGUUCGAAGAACGAAAGUUUCAGUCGAAAAUCGUUUAAAAAAAUUCAUUUCGUAAAAAUUCGUUAUUUAUAAUACAGGGCGAGUCAAAAUAUGAGAAAAAAUUAAUUACGUUUCGACUCACCCCUGUAUCAAAUUUUACGAAAUUUCAAUGAAAUAAUUAUUUUUCGUGAUUUUCGACUCUUAACGACAAACGAACAUAGUUUUUGGAUAUCUUUUAUAUUAUACAGGGUGUUUUAGAAAACAUAAAUUAUUCGUCGACGUACAAAUUUUACAUCCAGUAUAAUAUUCGAGGUGAACAAAAAAAUUGUUCUUCUGUCGCCAAAGUCGAAAAUCGCGAAAAAAUUUAUUUCAUUUUGCACACCUUGUAUAUAUUAUACAGGGUGUUGUAUUUUUUCCAUCACCCCGUAUAGUAUAUUGAAAUUUAAUAUCGUCGUUAUGGAAUAAAAGAAUAAAAAAACGCGCGAAAUUCAAAAUUAAUUUCAAUUUGGAUUAAUAUACAGGGUGUUUUAAUGAGAAGAAAAUAAUUUUACGGAUCGCCCUAUAUAUAUAUAUAUAUGUAUUUGUAAAUAAUUUGUGUAAGAUCAACUUAACCAAUCAUAUUCGUGGAUAAUUUUAUUUUUGAUAAAUCCCGGUAAUUAACAUGAAAAUGUACAGUGCGAGCAAGAAAACAAAAUUUCGUCAUUUUUCCGAUUUUUUGCCGGAUUUGCGUCGUUUUUUUCUCUCUCGAUUUUUUCGUUUCGAUCGCGCGUAAAAAUCGCAAAUUUUCUCAUUUCUCCAAAAAAAAAAUCAUUAAAAUUGAGUAUAUUUGAAGGUUAUGUGGAUCAAUGUCGAUACAGGCUAAGCCGAUUUAACUGUCGUUUGAUAACACGUUGUCGUGAUAUUAAAAUUAAAAAAAUUCGAGAGGUGUAACGACGAUUCGCGCGCUUUUUUUGUUUGAGUUUUUCCGAAAUGCGAUUCAGCCCCUUUAUCCCGAUCCUCGAUCUCUAAAUUCCCUCCAAUUUGUCUUUAUCCCUCCACUAACUCAUUCAGUUCACCUAAUUUACCUUUAUCCCUCCCCUAACUCGUUUACUUCAUCCAAUUUCCCCUUAUCCCUCCCCCAACUCAUUUAGUUCCCCCAAUUUAUCUUCAUUCCUUCCCUAUCUCGUUUACUUCCCCUAAUUUCGGUGUAUCCCUCCCCUAACUCGUUUACUUCCUCCAAUUUCCCCUUAUCCCUCCCCCAACUCAUUUCGUUCCCCCAAUUUAUCUUCAUUCCUUCCCUAUCUCGUUUACUUCCCCUAAUUUCGGUGUAUCCCUCCCCUAACUCGUUUACUUCCUCCAAUUUCCCCUUAUCCCUCC